AUGAGGUACACAAAUACUGGUGUUAGAGGAAGGGCAUCAUUUUUGUUAAUAGCUUGCGAAAGGAGUGGUAAGUAUAAGCCUAAGAAGAAGGAUUUGGUUAGAACAUACACUGGUAGUAGAAAAAGUGGAUGCCUGUUUAAGUUUCGUGCGAAGCCAAUUUUGGGAGAAGAAGGAUGGAUGGUGAAGUUAAUUUGUGGGACUCACAAUUAUGAAAUAACAAAGUCAUUUGUUGAGCAUCCAUAUGCGGGUCGAUUGACUAAAGAUGAGAAGAUUGUUGUUGCUGAUAUGACGAAGUCCAUGGAUUCUAUUGAAAACAUUAUUGAUGUCAAAGUGAAUUGUAAAUGUGGUUAUCGUGCCAUAGUUGCCUUAUUGGGUAUGGGUGAAGAUUCGUGGUCAUUGGUGCGCAACCAUCUGCAUAAAGAACUCAUAAGCUGGUUAGAAGAGUAUAUCAAUCUACUUGGUGGAAUAGAGAGAUUUGAGGAAUUAAAGCGUUUCCUACUUGUUGACAGAUUAUUUAUGGUUACCAUAGACAAAUGGAUGAAUAUUACGGAUAUGGAAUAUGUAAUUACUUCACGAUACAACGUGAUCGUUGUUUCUCUUUUACGACAACAAAACAUGACAUUUUUUCCUCUUAGAAGUCAACCACCACCAGAUUCUUCUAUGCAUCGCGUAAUAUGCAUUGUUCAUGUGUAUGAGAAUCAUUUUUUUCAGGUUUUUCUUACAAGACUAUUGUCCUUUACCACCAUUGGCGUUAUUGUGGAAUACACAUUGCCAGUAUCAGGCAAAGUAGUGGCCCACCCAAUACAUAGGUAG